AUGUGCUCAUAUGUAAACAAGACCCCGACAACAAUUUAAACUCCAUCAUGGACCCAACUCCAAACACUCAACAAAGGAGGAAGAGGAAACCAAACUGGUCAAGUGAUGAAACACUGCGCUUGGUUAACAUCAUGGCAGAAAAACGAUGUAUAAUAAAGGGACGGUUUCAGCCUUCCCUGACCCAUGCAGAUAAGAAACGUGCAUGGGAAGACAUUACGAACUCUGUAAAUGCGUGCAAUUUACAUGUGAAAAGAACUAAAAAAGAAGUUGUACACAAAUGGUUUACAAUGCUGUCCCACUUACGGAGGAAGAUUGGUAAUAUCAACAAGGAGCAGAAUCAAUCAGGUGCUGGUGGCCCUAAAGCAACUCCCCUGGAUCCCAUCGACUUGAAGGUUCAGGAAAUGAUUGGGGAGAAGAGUGUAACUACUGGUGGCAUUUCUCCUGUCAAAGGAACCCUGUUGAGGAAGCUGCGGGCCAACAGGGCACAUGACCAACAGCAGGUGACCCAUCAGCGGCAGCAGCAGCAGCACCAGGAGGACCACCAGCAGCAGCAGCACCAGGAGGACCACCAGCAGCAGCACCAGGUAGACCACCAGCAGGACCAUCAGCAGUACCCCCACCAGGAGGACAACCAACAGCAUCAGCUCCUGGAGGUGCAUCAGCAGCAGGAGGAGGUGUUGGUGAUCCCUUCACCACAACUAGUAGCUGAUGAUAGUAGCAAUGUUCAAAUGAAUUAUUUGGACUUUGCCGCAGCAAAUGCAAACUCAGUUUACAGGGACGAAAAGCGUAGGCUGAAGCUGCUCAAGGAAAAAGCCAAGAUUGAUACUGCAGUUUACAGGGACAAAAAGCGUAGGCUGAAGCUGCUCAAGGAAAAAGCCAAGAUUGAUACUGCAGUUUACAGGGACGAAAAGCGUAGGCUGAAGCUGCUCAAGGAAAAAGCCAAGAUUGAGUACUGGCAAGAAAGAGCAAAAUACUACAAAAAUAAAAGAACUUAAGACUUUGCAUAAUCUUACUUUUUCUCAUGUGAAAUAAAACUAGUCUGU